AUGUCCAGUGGAAACACCCCGCCUGCCCUCGACUACAAGUCGGGCACUGUCCCCGCCCAGCCCCUCCGCCUCCACGACGACGAAGAGCUUCACCGCUAUGUCACUGAUGAAAUGCCGCGUCAAGCCAAGAUGUCAACGUCCUCCACUGCCCCUCUGAACCAAGGUGGUGCCCUCAUUACCGUUCAGCCUCUCCGCAAGGCGGACAUGCAGCCCUCGUACGCGCAGGACCUUGGCUCUGGGUCUGUUACCCACGGCUUCUACGGUUCCAUGAUCUCGGGCGUCGGAUCCUGCAUUGGUCUCAUUGGCAUGUUCCCUAUUUGCCCCUUCCCGAACCCAUACAAGGAGGUCAAGCAAGGCUCUGUGGGCCUCGUCUCUCGCUUCGGACAGUUCUACAAGUCGGUCGACCCCGGACUUGUCCAGGUCAACGUUUGUUCCGAGUCUAUCAGCAUUGUCGACGUCAAGAUCCAGCUCACGACUGUCCCGCGCCAGACUGUCCAGACAAAGGACAAUGUCUCGGUCGAGGUCGACUCGGUCAUCUCGUGGCAUGUCGUCUCGCCUUACCGUGCCGCCUACGGUAUCAAUAACCUCGCCGUCGCCCUUGUCGAGCGUGCCCAGACCACCCUCCGCCAGGUUGUUGGUGGCCGUGUCCUCCAGUCUGUCAUUUCCGACCGUGAGGGUCUCGCCCAGGAGGUUGCCGAAAUUAUCGAGACCACGGCCGAAAAGUGGGGUGUCUCCAUUGAAUCGAUCCUCCUCAAGGACAUCAACUUCUCUGUCGAGCUCCAGCAGUCGCUCUCGUCGGCCGCUACCCAGAAGCGUAUUGGUGAAUCCAAGGUCAUCGCCGCUCGCGCAGAGGUCGACGCCGCCAAGCUCAUGAGGCAGGCCGCCGACAUUCUCGCUUCGCCGGCCGCGAUGCAGAUCCGUCAACUCGAAGCUCUCCAGGCCAUGGCGCGUACUUCGGGCUCCAAGGUUGUGUUUGUGCCCAUGAACUUGGGACAGAUGGGAGCGAGUAGCGUGGACGGCAAUGUCCAGCAGCAGAUGGUUGCAGCUGUUCAAGACGGCGAGCACCACGAGUUCCUUGGUGGCAGCUCCACUUCCACCCAGGCCGGUCUCCUGACGUCCAUGGCCAACGUUUAA